GUCACGUGUCCCCCCCAGCAGCCAAUAAGGAUCGCGCAUUCCCGCGGUGCCGCCUCAAGAUGUCGGACGGGAAGGACCCGCUGCCCAAGCUGAAGGACCUGGCCUUCCUGAAGGACCAGCUGGAGAGCCUGCAGCGCAGGGUGGAGGACGAGGUGCAGGCGGGCGUGGGGCAGGAUGGCUCUCUGCUGGCCUCGCCGUUCCUCAAGGGCUUCCUGGCCGGCUACGUGGUAGCCAAGCUGCGGUUCUCGGCCGUGCUGGGGUUCCUGGUGGGCACCUGCACCGGGGUGUACGCUGCUCAGAACUACAACGUGCCCAACGUUGAGAAAACCCUGCGGGACUACCUCAGCUCCCUGAAAAAAGGUCGGGAUUAGCCAGGAGGAGCCCCCCCGGGGGCAGCAGGACCGGAGGCACCUGACAGCACCCCCCUCAUCCCUGCCCAGGGGCUAUGGGGGCUUUGUCCCAGUGUCCCCACAGCAGUGACCACUCCACUGACCCACGGCAGCUCGGACACAGCAGUAACCAACGGUUUGCCAGCUGAUUAUUGCUCUUUUUUUCUCUCCUCUCCAUGCCCCUGGAGACUGAAGGGCUGCCUGUGACAUGUCACCCUCCUGGCCACCUGGACACCCUUCCACCCAGCUCAUGCUUUGCCCUAGGAAUGUGCUUUGUGUGGCUUCCUGGGGUGGCUCCGUAGUUCUCCUCCUAACAAAAGACAAAACACAAAAUCAGAGAUGUAGCAGGUGGCAUCAUCCCUGUUCCCAUCAGGCUCAUUAAAUUCCCGGUACUUGGUCUCUUCUUGAAUCUCCUAGGGUUAGGAGUCUGGCUGCACAUAAAGCAGCUCCCCCUGUCCUGGCUGCCACCUGAAAAAUGGUGAUUUUUGGUAAUGCUGCUGGCUCUGCAAAGCGGGUGCUGAGGAGGGGGCUGUGGGGACUGAUGCUGCUCCUCUCUGUGGCCAUUUACGGCUCCCACGCUCCCCUCCUGACCCUCUGCAAGGUGGAUGGUGUGAUCCCCUUCAGCUCCACCUCUGUGGUGGUUCUGGUGGAGCUGACAAAACUGGUGUUUUCCCUCCUGUUCCUGCUGACCUGGGACAGGGAGCUGCUGGGAGCUGCUGUCUCGUGGCACCACGUUGUCCCCUUCGCCCUCUCUGCCCUCCUCUAUGCUGCCAACAACAACCUGGUGGUUCACAUGCAGCUCUUCAUGGAUCCCAGCACCUACCAGGUCCUCAGUAACCUGAAGAUUGUGAGCACUGCACUCCUCUACAGCCUCUUCCUUCGCCAAAGACUCAGCCUGCACAAAUGGGUGGCUCUCUUCCUGCUGGUGGCUGCCGGGGUGAGUUACAGCUCUGGUGGCCUGCAGGACCCUGGCAGCCCCUCCAAGAUGCAGCUGCACAUCACCCCAGUGGGCUUCUUGCUGCUCCUGGUGUACUGCCUGAUAUCAGGCUUGUCUGCUGUCUACACAGAAGCCAUCCUGAAAGCCCAAGCACUGCCUCUCAGCCUUCAGAACCUUUUCCUUUACUUCUUCGGGGUCCUGCUCAACCUGCUGGGUUACUUCUGGAGCAGUGCAGAGAGGGGCUUCCUGGAGGGCUUCUCCUCCUGGGUGCUGCUGAUCGUGGUCAGCCAGGCCUUGAAUGGUUUGAUCAUGUCUGUGGUGAUGAAGCACAGCAGUAACAUCACCAGGCUCUUUGUCAUCUCCUGCUCUCUCCUGGUCAAUGCCCUCCUGUCUGUCACCCUCUUCAACCUGCAGCUCACCCUCCUCUUCUUUGUGGCUGCCUCCUGCAUUGGCCUGGCUGUUCACCUCUACUAUGGGGUCAGGUAGCUGCUGCCUCCCUGCCCUGCAUGUGCUGGGGCUCUCUGGUUGUUCCUCAGGGUUGUUUGGGGCUUGGGGCUGUGCUUUGCCUGACAACCUCCCCACCUUGCUGUUUGCAGGGAGCUGUGCAAGACAAGCAAAAGGCCCCCAGAGGAGGAGUGCCCAAAGUGGGGGGGUUCCUUCUCCCUGAACCCAGCUGGGUCCUGCUCCAGCCUGGCUGUUCCAUGGGUUCCCCACAUCACCAGGGAGACCUCAGCCUGGGUCCCGAGCACCUCUGUCACCUUCUCAAGCUGCUUCCCCACACCAAAGAGCACCCAUUUCUUGUGCCUCAAGAUGUUCCUGCAGUGCUUGGCCCCUCUCUGCUCUCAGCUCCAGCCCAGGGCUGCUGCCAGGAGGGCCUCCUGCAUCCCACAUCCCAGCUCCUCCCCAGCCCUGGGCUUUGGGAUUCUCUUGGGGCUCUGGGGAGUCACCUCUGCUGGGCUGAGGUGACCCCUUGAGCCCCUGCUGGGCUGAGGAAGAAGGAGUCUCCCUCCCUCCCUGUCUGUGGAGUUCACAGCACAGGGUUGGUGCUUCUCCUGCUCCCCAGGAGAUGGGUGAGCAGCACCCAGGAGAGGGGUGGGCAGCACCCAGGUGUGUGCCUGUACUGUGGCCAGGGAGUUGUGGCAAGCAGAAGCCCCUGGUGGCUCUGGGCAGGGUUAUUAAAGCUGGAGUUAACACA